AAAUUUUGUAAUAAAUAGUAGACAAUAAUUAGCAUAACGUAAUAUCAGAUAGUGAUUCUACAGUUUUAAUUAUUUGUGAGUGACAGUCGAUUAAUUAAUAUCGUAGUUAAUUGUGCAAUUGAUUAAAAGAUGAGCGACAUGGAAUCGAGCGAUGGUAAUAGUUCACAGCAGAGCAGAAUCGAAAAAUUAGGCUUUAAACCCCAGAAAGAGAUAAUUUAUAACAGACUUUUACCUUAUUGGGAUGAACUGGACGAUGAAUCGCAGGUAUUAUUAAGUGACAUCAAGGAAAACUUGGCUAAGGCGAUACUUAAUCGUGAAAUGCGGCCAGGGGUCUGUGUAUGGACAUCUCGAUUGAUUAGAUAUAUUAAAAUAUAUGGAUUGAAAUUUUCCAAAGAGGAUCAUGUUGCUUUCAUUCAUUUGAUAUUCGAGCUGUGCACGAUACCGAAAUUAGAUCCUACAAAAAUUUCGAAGUUCAGUACUCUUCUUACCAUGUUAUUAAAAAAAAGAAAAACGUUAUCGAGAAACGAUUUAGUUUUACCAUGGAGGCCUUUGUAUAAUUUAUACUAUGAUGUUUUAAUUAAGUCUGGUGAUGAACGACAAAUGUAUAGAUAUUUCUCGCCUGAAAAGAAAGCAGACGCUCAGCCAAAUGGACUGCAGGCUUUGGUUGCGAAGUAUUUUGGUUUGGAUUUUGAUAUAUUCCACACGGUCCAAAAAGAAGAACUGAAUUUGGCGCAAAGUUUGAAAACCAUGAUAAUUCUGUGUAAGCAUUAUUUUGCCAAAGAAGCUACAAGGGAAAUUCUAGAUGAACUCAUUCCGUUGAUGUGUCCAUUCGAUUUAAGAACAAUUGAAGAAACAAUGGACCUUUUAACCAUGUUUCUUCCAACAAGUCUUCCCAUUGAAUUAAGCCACAUUGGACACGAACUCUGGUUCAAGAAUUUAAUGGAUUUGUGGGAUAAUUCCAACUAUGAACACUUCUGGGGAAUGGAUGUUCUGCAACUGAUGUCUUACCUAGCGAUGCACCAUAUAGGCCACAUAGACUGGGAGCCGUACAUACCGAUGAUAUUUUCAAGAAUUUUACGUAGUUUUGGUUUGCCUGUCGCUUUUAAACAAGUUCCAAAUAUGAAAAGACAUGCUUACGAAGCCAACCAUAUUGCUUCUUGGAUCGUUUCAGUUCUCGGUCCAAAAAGCUCAGGCCAAAAACACUUGGACAACUUCAUAUCUGCGAUUGAGACUUACUUGUAUCCUGCAAACAGUGGAAGUUGGGUCUACAGUUUACGUUCAGUGGUUUCAAAACUGCCUCAAUUAUUCAUAGAACGUGUAGCCCGCGAACGUUACAACCAACAAUUCUGGGAAAAUCCAAUCCCCGAAGAACACAAGUUGACCGAUGAAGAUAUCUUAAAAUUUGUAGAGUGUUUGAAGCCCAUAGCAAUGCAGACGAUGUUCUCGUCCAUGGCUUCCAAUGACCAGACAUCGAUGGUGCAGAGUUUGGCACUUCUUUGUCCAAGUGUUAUGAUUCCUCCGAUUAUUGAGAGGAUGUAUGCCAGUUUGGAUUCUUUGACGGAGCCUCAUAAGUUGACUUCUUGUAUGAUUAGUUUGGUAUCGGUGGCUAGACCUUUGGUGGAUGGUUUUAGGAAUGGAUAUAAGGAAGGACCUACGCAUAUUUUGCCGCUGCUUUAUGCUACAUUACCAGGUAUAGAUGCCAACGACUUCAAGAAAUCUCUGGUUACAUCACAUUUUAUUUCAAUUUUUGCAAUGAUGAUACCAUUUGUGGAUUCCUCUCAAGCCUUUCAAUACCACAAAAAUCUAACCGAGGAGGAACAUGCAUUGUGCGAAGCCACUGCCGGAUUUCAAGACUUUGUUUUGCAAUAUUUAGAUAGGAUAUUUUUACUAAUCGAAUCUAGUACUUUUGAAUCUACUCGCAUGGAACAGAAUGAUACUGAUACUGUUCGUAGUCGACUCGAAUCAGCUUCUGAGAUGACACAUGCUUCUACAACGGCUAUAUUACUUAUUCAGUGCUCUCCGGAAAUUUAUAAGGAUGCUUUGCGAAAAUUAUUUUCAUUCGCAACAACAAAGCGUUUUGAGAUCAAAGUUUCCGGGCAGUUCAUGGCAUCAAUUUGCAAAACGUUCUCCAUUAUCAACGGAGAAGAAACUUUAAAACUAUUUGUGCCUUAUUUAAUUCAAUCUAUAAACGAAAAAUUUGCUGAACAUGAAAACAUUCAAACCGAAGAAACCAUUGACAUGGAAUGUUUGUACCACAUGCAAUUAUUAGGAGCUGUCCUGGACACAAAUGGUACCUGCAUUCUGCCUUAUUUAAAAGAUGUCCUAGCAAUUCUUGAUGUGGGUUUACAUAUGGCAUGCAGGGAUGCUUCGAGUUCUUCAGCUCAUAUUUUGAGAGUCAUUUUAUCCAAUUUGACGAAUAUUUUGAUAUUGGAUUUUAAAAGUAGUCUCAACAUCCACAAACCGAUCAGUGAGUACUUGUCCAUUCGAGAAUGGGGCUACAGGCCUGAUGAUAUCAUGGAUGCUAAUUUAAACUGGCAUGUGCCAAAUGAUGAUGAAAUCAAAGCUGCCAAGGAAAUUGUUUUGAGAUAUCUACCCAAAGAACUCGAGGAUAUUGAAAGGUAUUCAAAUGGUGACUUGGAGUUGAAACGACAGGAUUUGCUGAAGAAACUGAGUGUUAUCAUGGAAAUUCUGACUGGGGCUUCUUUGAUAUUCCCGAUUUGGGAGGAGAAGGCUCUUGAUUUGGUGGAAAGUGUGUUACCCCAAAAGGACUUUGUGACGUGCACUGGAGCAAAACACGAAUUGCAUUUACCAAAUGGUGAAAAUAUACGAAAGGCAAUAAUACGAUGUCUUGAUAAAUUGCAGAAGAAGCUUUUGGACAACUCUGCUGACGACAUCAAAUCUUUGAUAGCCUUAAGCUCCAUAUGGGAGACGGUGUUGUUCCGGAAGCCUCGUUUUGGACACAUCGAUAAUUUGCAGCGUAAUUUUAAAAUAAUGAAAAGGAUUUUGUAUGAUAAGUUGACCGAUAAGAAAAGACAUACCAGGCAUAUGAUUGUGGAAAGGACUCGUAUGCAACAUGAAUUCAGAUUGGAAUCUGAUCAGCAGAAAUUGACUGCUACUCAUUCUUUGGUUCUGCACAAUUUGCUGGAACUUAGCACCAGCUAUUACAGCAGCGUAAGAAAACAUGCUCAAUCUCAAUUCCUGAAAGUCUUAUCCACAAUACCAUAUUCUUAUAUAGAUAUAUUGCCGAAGUUAGUCGAAUAUUUAUCCAUCGACAGUACUGAACAGCACGAAAAAUUCAAGGGCGUUUUGUAUUUACUAAUAUUGAUGAAACACAGAUCUCUAAUUUGCAAAUUUGAUUGGAAUGUAGUAUCACAAUUGUGGCCAGCUUUACUUAAAUCAAAACCGUCUGAGAAACCUUCAAUUGUUGGACUCAUCGAUACUUGUAAAGACAUUGUGCACAAAUAUUUUCCAACAAUUAUACUUACUGUAGAGUUUCCCAAAGCUUUAAUAACAUCCGCAGAGAAUUUAUUAAAAUUGAGUUCUGGUCAAGGUGCAGGAGAUGGUCUUAUUAAAUUUCCAGAUGAAAAUGCGAGUUUGGAAUAUUGUCGGAAAAUCAACGAAGCAAAUCUCAGGACAUAUCACAAACUACUUGAUGAUAUUCUUACUGUUAUACAAAACCCCAAUGUCCAUUGGAGGUAUGUCAAUACUGGUCUAUCGAUGGCACGUGACUUGGGUCAUUUCGAUCCUGGUGCAAAAUAUUCUGCAAAAUGCGUCAGGUUUUUCCUGCACGAAUUGAUCUGUGGUGUCCUGGAAAGACGAAAAAUUGCCAUUCGACUUAUGAAUUUAGUUAUGCAACAACAUAAACGCAAACACAAGAUUGUUGAAGUUGAUAAAACACAAUUAAUCGAGUCUGGACAGGAUCAGAAAAAUUGCAACGAUGAUGUAAUGGAAAUUACAAGUUGGGGUUUAAGACCAGACAACUCCUGGUUGUGUUACAACAGUACAAAUAUUCCCAAAUGUGAAAAAGAAUGGAACGAUAUGCGAGUUCUCAAGAAUCCGUCCAUGGGCUAUACUAAAUGGCCUAAGGUUUUAAAAAUUUAUGCACCAUUAUCUGAACAGCCUAAUCCUGAUCGUACCAGGGAUGAACUUAAUGAUGUUGAACGAGAGAUAUAUGACUUUUUUAUGGAUAAAGAGAAUAUGGACAAGCUUGUAAAGUAUUUGUCGAUAGAAGAUAAGAAGGGACAGGAUAAAUUUAAUAGCCAUCGAUUUUUAUUCUUCAAGAGUUUAUUUAGAGACUUCGGUACAGCAUUUUUGGACCAAGUCGUUGACCAUUUAGAAAAAUUAGUUGUAUCAACAGAAGAGAGCCACCAAAGGGCUGGUUCUGAAAUGUUAUCAGGGCUGAUCAAAGGGUCUAAACAUUGGUCAUUUAGUAUGGUGGAACGGUUGAAGGAAAAAGUCUUGCCUAUUAUACAAAACGCUUUGAAUUCUACCAUGCCAGAAACUAUAAUGGAUUGGAGUGUAUGUUUUGCAACUGCUGCACAUGACCCGAGAAAACAAUAUUGGUUGAUCGAGACGUUGAUGGAUAAUCCGUUGAGAAAUAGUUCAUCACAUAUCGACUGUGGAAGAUUGUACGUUUUACAAGGUGUUCUGCAUCAACAUUUAUGGAAAUCUUCAGAAUCUUUAAGAAAAUUAUUAGAGUACAUAAAACCACACUUGAGUCACCAAUUUCAAAAUGUACGCGAACGUAUAUCCAGUCUUUUAGUAAAUGUGAUGGACUGCGAUUCAACAAUAUCCAACCUUCAAGACAUAGUUUCUCCGAAGAUGUCUGAAAUCAUUGACUUUGUUUUGCCACAAUUUAAAAUAUUGCAAGAGUCGAAUGAAACAAAUGGUGGUGUUAAAAAUUGCACGAAUAAUUCUCGUGUCGAUGUAGUAAAUGAUUUGAACAGUCUCAGUUUAAUCGAUGGUGAUCGAGCUGUUGCAAUUAGAUUGUUGAAAACAGUUCUGAAGUGGUUAACAGUGGCUUUCCACAUAUCUCAAUAUCCAGCUCGUGAAUCCUUCUACAAACUUUUACCAAUUGCUUGUCGAUUGGAAAACAGUGAGCAAGACUCCGAAUUGGCAACAUAUUGUGGCAACUUCAUCAGUUCUUUGGCACAAGCCUAUCAUCCUUCGUAUAUGUUGAAUGAAGCUUUGCAUUCAAUAGAAAAUAUAACUUCUACCGGUGUAUGGUGGUCCAGAUGCAAUGCUUUAGAUUUUAUGCAAGUUAUGGUUUUCCAUAACAUGUCUUCACUUCUUUGCGAAGUUGAUCAUGUCAGAAAAGUUCUAAAUAUUGUCUUAAGUUUACUCGAGGAUUCCAGGUUGGAAGUACGUGAAAAGGCUGGACAAGUUUUGUGCGGGUUAUUGCACUGCAACUUUAUUUUGGAACAGGAACAAUUAUUGGAUAAUUUUAAAAUGAAGUCCAAGACUAAGUUGCGCAAAAUUCGGGAAAGAGCAGGAACUAAAAAUGCAGCUGCAGAUAAUAUGGAAACUGUGAGCACAGGAUUUAGUCCUCAUUGGGAAGGAAUGUCUGUAAGGACUCGUCACACGGCUGUUCUAGGAAUGUGUGCCUUUAUAUCUGCUUAUCCUUACGAUGUGCCUGAUUUUAUGCCAGAUGUAUUCGCCCAAUUGGGAGUACACCUGAAUGACCCUGAACCCAUUCCAUCUACAAUUAGAAAAACACUAGGUGAUUUCAAACGAACACAUCACGAUAAUUGGGAAACACACAAAUUGAAAUUCACAGACGAACAAUUGACAGUACUCGGUGAAUUGGUUGUUCCUCCCUCUUAUUAUGUAUAACAGUACCUGAUAUUAGAUCUAUUAUUUAAUAAAAGACAUAUUAAUUAUAAUAGUUUAAUUUAAUGCAUACUUAUAAUAUAAUCAGGUUGUUGAUGGUGAUUUUUGUGUAAGGUGUUAUGUUUAGAUUGUUUUUAUAAUAUAUUAUUGUACUUUAUUAAAAUGUAACG